AUGGACAAGCUCAAGAAGAUCUUCAAGCACGACAAGAACGACUCUUCGUCGUCGUCAUCGGCCACCCCUUCGCACACCACUGCAGAGAGAAACACGGCAGCCACCACGACCUCUUCGGCACCUCCACCUCAGACUAGCAGCACCACUCCCGCAGCCUCGUCCGCCACCGGCGCCCGCGCACCCACAUCCGGCGGCAAGCCAGACGGAGUCUUGCUCGAGACCAACUACGGCAACAUCACCAUCGCCCUGUACAGCGACAAGACACCCAGAGUGAGUCGCGUUAUCCAGACUGCGUCUCGGAACAAGACUGACACAGAGCGCGAUACAGNNACAUGUGAGAACUUCGCAGGCCUCGCCGACGCAGGCAAGUACAACGGCGUCAUCUUCCACCGCAUCAUCCCCGGCUUCAUGCUUCAGGGCGGCGACCCCACAGGUACUGGCCGUGGUGGAGAGUCCAUCUGGGGUGGCAAGUUCGAAGACGAGUUCGACAGCUCGCUCAAGCACACUGGCGCUGGUGUUCUGUCCAUGGCCAACAGCGGUCCUGGCACAAACGGCAGUCAGUUCUUCAUCUGCCUCGCCCCUACUCCUCACCUGAACGGCAAGCACACCGUCUUUGGCCAGGUCGUUGACGGCAUGGAUGUCGUGCAGAAGAUUGGAAGUGUCAGAACUGGUGCCGGUGACAGACCCAUUGAGGAUGUCGUUAUCAUCAAGGCCCAAUCCUUCACUGCUUAA